AUGCCUGCCAUCCGCGCCCUCAACCCCUUCGCCUCGUCACCCACAUCCUCCCCGGACACCGCCAUCCUGUCCGAAAAGGAGCCCAUUCGCAUCGAAACUCGCGAGACCACUCCGAACAAGCAGGGAAUCCGCAUCCCGCGGCCCAAGUUCUCUCUGCCCUUUACCAACAGCAAUCCCAAGACUGCCAAGAUCCUCUUGACACCCGAACCGCAACAACAGCAGUUCAAGCUAGAACCGCCGCAAAUACCAAACUUCCGACCACCGAGCCCGCAGAUCCCCACCCUCAGCCUGCCGACGAUCAACCUGACGACCGCAACGGGUGAGAAGAGCAAGAUGGAGAAGGCCGAGCCAUUGACGCUCUUCUCCCCACCCACACCUGCAGAGGCGCGGCGGAUUGCGAAGCAACAUGCGGCAUUCGGACCUCUGGGCUCGAAGCAACAUCUAUACUCUUCCAGAUUUGUGGGCGAUGAGUUCCCCGAACCCAUUGAAGACGAGCCGCCAUACUACUACCUCAUCACAACCUACAUCUCCUACUUGAUCCUGAUCAUCUUCGGGCAUGUGCGAGAUUUCUUCGGGAAGAGGUUCAAGCCGGAUCAUUACAAGCAGCUGCGAGAGCAAGACGGCUACGCUCCAUUGAACUCUGAUUUUGACAACUUCUAUAUCAGACGACUGCAGCUGCGAAUCAACGAUGUCUUCAGGAGGCCAGUGACAGGUGUGCCAGGUCGUUUCAUCACGCUUUUGGACCGCCAGAGCGACGACUUCAACCUGUCUUUCAGACUUACAGGCACCACCACCCAAACCCUCAACAUGUCGUCAUACAAUUACCUUGGUUUUGCGCAAUCAGAGGGCGAGUGCGCCGAGGCAGCGGAAGCCAGCGUCAAGAAGUACGGCAUCUCGUUUUGCUCACCUCGCGCGGAUUCUGGAACGUCAGAGCUGCACCGCGAGGUUGAAAGCCAGGUCGCGGAAUUCGUCGGCAAGGAAGCGGCCUCGAUCUACUCCAUGGGCUUCGUUACCAAUGCCACCAUCUUCCCUGCACUUGUCGGCAAGGGCUGCCUCUUGAUCUCCGAUCAGCUCAAUCAUUCUUCGAUCCGAUUCGGUGCACGGUUGAGCGGUGCUGUCAUUGACAUGUUCAAACACAACGACAUGGUCGCCCUGGAAAAGCUGCUUCGCGAGAGGAUCUCGCAAGGCCAGCCAAGAACUCACCGACCGUGGAGGAAGAUUCUUGUCGCAGUUGAAGGUCUUUACAGUAUGGAGGGUACCAUGUGCAACCUGCCAGGUCUGAUCGCGCUGAAGAAGAAGUACAAGUUUGGACUUUACGUUGACGAGGCGCACUCGAUCGGUGCUCUUGGGCCUCGUGGCCGUGGUGUCUGCGACUACUUCGGCAUCAACCCGUCAGAGAUUGACAUCCUCAUGGGUACCUUCACCAAGUCUUUCGGUGCAAACGGUGGCUACAUUGCUAGCAGCAAGGCUUUGAUCGACAAGAUUCGCAUCAACAACGCUGGUACCAUCUUUGGCGAAUGUCCAACCCCAGCCGUCCUCAGCCAGAUCAGCUCAUCUCUCCGCAUCAUUGCUGGCGAGCUGGCUCCAGGCCAGGGUGAGGAGCGUUUGCAGCGUCUUGCAUUCAACAGCCGAUACUUGCGACUCGGAUUGAAGCGACUCGGAUUCAUUGUCUACGGCCAUGACGACAGUCCCAUCAUUCCACUUCUGCUCUACCAUCCAGCCAAGAUCCCAGCCUUCUCCCACGAGAUGCUCAAGCGCAAGAUUGCCGUGGUCGUUGUCGGGUACCCUGCCACGCCUCUCAUCUCCUCACGAGCACGGUUCUGCGUCAGCGCAGCACAUACCAAAGACGACCUGGAUAGAUUACUGGCCGCUUGCGAUCAAGCUGGAGACGUUUUGCAGUUGAAGUUCAGCUCUGGUAUCGCCGGUGGACAAGAACCUCUCCACGACGGUUUGACCAACGAGAAGGAGGUCGAGAUCCGCUCUUGUCUCGAAGCCGGUGGCAAUCCGGCAAUUAUUCCGCCACGAUGGAGGCUGGAAGACGUCGUUCGACGUGGUGUCCAGGACGUCAAGCAGCCAUUGACAUAG